AUGGCACAGAAGUCUAGUAGUUUCUUUGGUUUCAACCGCAAAUCCACGAGCACUAGUUCUAGCAAGGAUAACAGCUCUACGGGGCACAGUUGGCAUAAGGGCUCCCAGGGCCUCGGAAAGUUACCAAAAGCCGAAUAUGACAAGUUGAAGACUGAGCUAAACACCCAUCGCCCUGGCCAAGGCUAUGAUCUGUAUUGGAGAAAGACGAAUGAUGGUGUAGAAGCUAUUGUUGCAAAUAGUGCUCCUGCGGGCGAAUAUCAACAAUCACAAGGGCAAGGUCUUGCAAGAGUAACGUUCAACAAGAGCGAUCUCGGCAAUAGAUCGAACUGGAGCGUUCUCAAGAGUGUUCAGCAGUAUGAUGAGGACGCAGAUUGGGAACACAAUAUGCAGAGGCGUGGCAGCGUCCAAAAUAACCAACCGAAAGAAAUGCCUGAGCUGGAUGAUCACGGCCUACUAUAG